UUACCAGUUAGUAACGAAACAGAUCAUCUCAAUUUGUAUGAACAUUUACAACAUAUAGAGUACUUUAGUUUAAAAUUACAGUAUAAUGUUUACGUGUUGAUUCCAAGAUCUUUGUAAUGGGUAGAUCUUAUACAGAAAUCAUCCAAAACCUAUAAGUCUGUAUUGUUGGUAAUUGAUUUUCAAUGUUUUUUUUUUUCACGAAAUGAAUUAAUUUAAUGUUAAUCGUUGGUUAUGUACCAUGAUUAUUUUGCUGUUGCUUUCUACAAAGACAAAAAUAUUGGGACUUUGGUGUUAUGGUUAUCUAAUGUUUUUUUUUUACUUACAAUAAACUAAGCUCAUUUGCUCUCUUUUGAUACACAAGUCAAACUUGGGAUCAAAUUUGUCUUGAUUCCGAAAGAAAAACGACAAAAAUCAAUUAGAGUUAGUUGUCGAUUCAUCCCGUAUUAAUCUUCUAAAUUUUCCUAUAAAUGAAUGAUUUUUCUUAUAGACAAUAACUCAAAAUAAAUAUGGAUAAUAACUUAAAUAAAAGAAUGGGAAGGCCACAUGUUGUGGUCAUACCUUACCCAGCACAAGGUCAUGUUCUUCCUCUAAUGAGUUUCUCACGUUACCUUGCGAAACAAGGAAUCCAAAUUACAUUCAUAAACACCGAGUUUAACCAUAAUCGCAUCAUCAAUUCCUUACCCAAUUCAUCUCAUGAAGAUUAUGUUGGGGAUGGGAUCAAUCUUGUUUCAAUCCCCGACGGUUUAGAAGAUUCACCAGAAGAGAGGAACAUUCCAGGGAAGUUGUCGGAGUCUGUUUUGCGUUUUAUGCCUAAAAAAGUAGAGGAAUUGAUCGCGGAAACUAGCGGUGGCAGCUGCGGUACAAUCAUUAGCUGCGUUGUAGCGGAUCAGAGCUUGGGAUGGGCAAUCGAAGUUGCAGCUAAGUUUGGGAUCAGACGCGCCGCGUUUUGUCCUGCCGCGGCUGCGUCUAUGGUUCUUGGAUUUAGUAUUCAAAAACUUAUUGAUGAUGGUCUCAUAGAUUUUGAUGGGACUGUGAGGGUAAAUAAGACAAUUCAGUUAUCUCCCGGGAUGCCAAAGAUGGAAACAGACAAGUUUGUGUGGGUUUGUCUGAAGAACAAAGAAUCUCAGAAGAACAUAUUCCAACUUAUGCUUCAAAACAAUAACUCAAUCGAGUCAACGGAUUGGUUGUUGUGUAACUCUGUCUAUGAACUCGAAACGGCAGCAUUUCGAUUAGGCCUGAAAAUAUUACCGAUUGGGCCCAUUGGUUGGGGUCAUAGUCUGCAGGAGGGGUCCAUGUCACUAGGAAGCUUUUUGCCUCAGGACCGGGAUUGUUUGGAUUGGUUGGACCGGCAGAUUCCCGGUUCGGUGAUAUAUGUUGCCUUUGGGAGUUUUGGGGUUAUGGGCGACGUUCAAUUAGAAGAGCUAGCAAUUGGUCUAGAGCUUACCAAGAGGCCAGUUUUGUGGGUCACUGGUGAUCAACAAACAAUCAAACUCGUGUCGGAUCGAGUCAAAGUGGUGAGAUGGGCUCCACAACGGGAGGUUCUUUUUUGUGGAGCCAUUGGAUGUUUCGUGAGCCAUUGUGGAUGGAAUUCAACUCUGGAAGGAGCCCAAAAUGGUAUACCAUUUCUAUGCAUCCCUUAUCUUGCAGACCAAUUUAUCAACAAAGCAUAUAUAUGCGAUGUGUGGAAGAUUGGAUUAGGAGUUGAGAGAGACGAACGAGGAGUGGUUCCGAGGUUAGAGGUGAAGAAGAAGAUCGAUGAGAUCAUGAGUGACUAUGGAGAGUAUAAAGAACGAGCUAUGAAGAUUAAAGAGGUUGUGAUGAAAAGUGUUGCAAAAGAUGGAAUUUCUUGUGAGAAUCUUAAUAAAUUUGUCAACUGGAUCAAAUCACAAGUGUAUUGAUAAAAUUUGUAAACGGAAUAAUGCAAGAAGAAAUGAAAUGUAUCCAAUUCAAGUUUUCAACCAAACAUCAAACAACUUAUUAGUGUGUAUGGGAAAAUUAUGAAGAGAACAAAAA